GCACAGACAGCAGGCAGCAGCUGCAAGUAACAUUUCAUCAGUUCAAGCUCAGUUCGUAUGCACAUUUCGUCGCGGUAAGAGUAUUGUCCGUUCCUAAACGGCGUUUGAUUGAUGCGUAACAGCGGCCAAUUCGCCGUGCGUGAAUCCAUAACCCUGCUAACACAUCACCGCAUGCAGCAACAUGGCAAUGUGGAUCAGAAAGAUUGGGGCAAUGAUGGUGGCACUAGUACUAUUGAUUCCGACUAGCAUCCGAUCAAUGUCCGUCGAUCAAGAUGCAACCUGUAGCUAUCUGAAUCGAAACAGUUACCUGGACCCGGAAACAACCGAACCGAUGAUCGAGGAGAUCUUCCGUGGUCACAUAACAGUGCUGUAUAGUGUAGCUCCUCCGAAACCGUUCCUCACCCGCCGGAUCUACAAAGAAAGGGAUCCAAUUUUUUACAACAAAAUUCUCCACGACGAGCAAAUUCAGCUCUUCCACACUUUGCUGGAUCGAUUCGAGCGAAAUGGUUUCAGCCAGGUACAAUUCAUCCUGGCGGCAACGCCAAGUCUGCAUCCGGACGAGACGGAUUUCGCCAAUUUUGAUGAUUUUCUAGACAAUGUAACGAGUAUUGCAGCCAGCCACAAUAUCUCCGUGUAUCCAAAUCCGUUGAUCGGUAACGGUACCUACGCUAUGUUCGGUCUUAAAGAAUUCCAAUCAUACGUAUUGGACCGUUGCUCACGGAUUGCCUACAUAAUCGAACCACCUUGGAGUCUGAUCCAGUACUCGUACGUGAAGGCAGCGGUGCUCUCAGCUCUGUAUGAUCGACCCUGCGGUGAUUGUGACGUCGACAAUUUUCUAAACUCAUCUUUGCCGGAGAGGAGGCUGGAAGAAGUGCAGUUGCUACCCUUGACUGAACCAACAAUUGCUAGAAUUGAAACGACGGUGCCUCCUGGGUCGGAUUUAGGUGCAAAGAACAUUUUCCCAGAUACUAUAAAUGAAGACAUCAAUGAUGACGAACUGGGCAUCAAUGGGCAAUCUGAUGCCGACAGUAGCACAGAAGAACCGGUCUCAUUUUAUCCCAACACCACCGAGUUUAAUGCUUUCAACAGUACCGAGGAGGAAGAUCCAUUUGAAAACGUGACUCUAACCGGACCGGAGCUGUCUCUCCCGCUGAAAAUCAUUAUUCCAGCUAUCCACAUACAUUUCGAGCAACCAAAGGCCAACAACACCUACGAUAAAUACUCGUACGUUAUCUUUCAAAGCGACCAACCAAUGCUCCAUCAGCAUGCCGGUAAUUCCCAAGAAAAUUUGACAGACCCAUCGGAGUUGCGCGAGAUCUCGCUUGCAGAUGCCACCGUAAACAGCACACUGCGCGUGGUGAAUGUCGAUUGGCCAAUGACGCAACUACAAGAGAUGCUGAACACGUCCAUAAUCUACUAUGACGAUCGAACUACACAGGUGUACCGAAAGCUAACCCGAUACAACACAUCCGGUUUCGAUGAGCUGGAAGAGCUGUUUGUGAGCAGCCAGUAUGCCGCUUGGAAACGACGCCAGGCAGAGCGUGCCGAGCAGGCAAAAACCGAGAAGCGCCACUUCAUACGGAAGCACUACGAGCGUCUAAUACGGUGGCUUAGUUGGCAGUUCGACAAAGCUUGAUGAGGCACGACAGCUGCGUUUCGGCAUACCAAAAGAACCGCAACUUAAAUACUCUAGUAACGUUUUAUAUUGUUUGUGUAUUUAUAUUAAAACAAACCCAAAAAAUACGGUUUCCAUCGUUUCGUUGCUUUUAAUCGAACUCUAUGUCCGGCGGAAGUUUUCCCAGCUUUCGUGCUGCCGCAACUCGGCGGUGGUAGUCCGAAAAAUCCACAUACGGUGUAACCUUUUUCUCCGGCUCGGGGAAAUCGUCAUUUUCACUCCUAAAAUUUUUGGAACAUAAGUUAAACUUAUUAAAAAACUCAAUUUUUGAAAUUCAAAAAAAAAACGAAUAAAUGCAAAAAAUU